AUGGCGUCGGACGUGGUGUCGCUUCUGGCGCCCCUCCGCGGCGAGAGGGAGCUCGAGGAGGCGCUGGCCGAGCGCGCCGCCCGCGGCGCUGAGCGGGCCAAGGCCGAGAGCGCGGGAACGGCGAUGGGCGACGCGUCGGGGUCGACCCUGGCUGCGGAUCUGGUGGGCCCUGGCGGCGAUGGCGGCCGCUCUGCCUCGAGCCUCAGCCGCGAGGGGAACCGCGUCGUCGCCACUGCAGCCCGCGCCGCGGCGGGAGGCGAGCGCCGCGGAGGCAGCGGCGGAGUCGCCAAGAAGAAGGACAAUUUCGAGGCCGUCACGGCCAACGGGUCUGGAUGGGCCCCGCCCACCCAGCUCCGGCAGGAGGAGCCGGCCGGCGCUGGGCUCGCGGAGAGUCACCGCGCAGACGCGUGGCUCAUCCAGGAGACGCACCUCCACGCGCGCGACAUCAGCGUGCAGGAGGCGUGGUGCAGGCGCGCGGGGGUGAAGGCUGUCCUGGCGCCUGGCGCAGCUGGCAGCGGCGACGCUAUCUACCUCGCCAACGACACGGUGGGGGACGUCUCGCAGCGAGCCCACAUAGAGAUUGGCGACGCGCUGGUCUCCCAGGGCAGGCCGCGGGUCCUCGGCGGCGACUUCAACGCUGCGGCCGACUCCCUCAGGGAUAAGGCGCUGGCGGCCUCGGCGGCCUCCUCCCCAGCCGCGAUGGAGAAGGCCCACCUCAGGGCCAUGCGGCAGGCCGAGGCAAGGCUCUGCUGCGCCUGCCACAUCGACGACCCGCUGGACGUGCAGGUGCACUGCGGGCGCGGCCUCGAACCCGAGGAACGCCGGGUGGCCCCGCCCCCCGACCGCCCGCAGAUCUCGGGCGGCCCCAAAUCGAGAGGGGGGGCGCGGCACCUCCUCGCCGUGGCCGACUACUUGGACGACGCCGCCGCGCAGCGGCACACGUGGCGGCGCGCGCCCGCGCGGGCGGCCAAGUGCCGCGGCGCCCGCUUGGUGGCCGCGCUGGCGGCCGUGGCCGUCGCAACCGCCGACGCCCUGGCGGCGCCGGCAGCCGAAGCCCGACGCGGAGCCGCCGCGCCGGCCGCGGAGCAUAGCCGACGACGCCACGAGCGCUUCAACAAGUGGGUGCUGGAGGCGCUCGAGCACGGCGCAGGUGGGCUCCACGCACGGCGGCGUGGCCCGCGCGGAUGGCAAGAGGACGAGCUGGACUUGCGAGGCGCCCCGAGAGCGGGCCAGCGCGAGGCGGGCGCCAUCGACGAGCACUGGGUGACCGAGGUCUGCAGCACGGCCGACGGCUCGGACGGGCGGCAGGAAUCCGAGCGGCAGUCGAACUCGGAGGCGCUGCCCAGGCCGACCGCAGACGAGUGGCUGGACGCCGCAGAGUCUUUCGCGAAGCGCACGGGCAUGGGCAUCGACCGCGCAUCGCCCCGCGCCCUCGCCCAGGUGUCCGCGGCCACAGCCGAUCUCUUCGCGGACGUCGGCAUGGCAGCCGAGGAGUUCAGCGCCUGCAGCAGCGGCGAACUGAAGUCCGAGAUGCACAUCUUCUACGACGACGCGACCGUAGCAUGCCAUGGGCGCACCCCGCGGGCGAUGGCGAAGCACCUGGUCGAGGCGGGAUUCGCGGCGGCAAUGGGCCUGGCUUUGUGA